AUGGAGUCAUUUAAGUUGCCACAACCCUUUGAAUCCUCACAAGCGUCUUUGAAGCAGCCCUCAAAGUGGCCAAUGGAGGAGGCCGACAUGAUGGUUCAGGAUACCAUCGUCUACGUUCCACGACUGCCGGCCAUUGACGAGCAUCCUCUUCGCCCGAUUCAGCCAGUAGAAAUCGAGGCCAAAGACCUCGGCGCAUGGCAACCCGACGAGCCGGAGGAGAUAAACAGAGAGUCGACGAAGAUGGAUAUUAGCGGAGGAAAACAACAACAACAACAACACCAACAACAACGUCUAAAACGCCAACGCAGACGACACAACGAGCCUAAACGACUGCGCAGAUUUGCCAAAGAGUCACUGUCUGCCAAUGCUUCUGAUUCCCCUAAAAUGGACACAAAAGAGAUGCGCCGAGGCCAGGCGACUGCAAAAGAAACGGGGGUGCAAACAAAAUCGGCAGAUGUUCACAAAACCAAAGAGGAAACAGACAAGUCUUCUAUUUCGGUAAGAUUGAUGCUAACAAUUUUCUCCCAGAUUUUAAAGAAAACUGUUUGGAGAGAAAGAAGAUGGACUUUGAUAAACAAGUUUCAGGAGGAAUUGGCUAAUUCUUAA